AUGGCAAUAGGAACAGGCAACGGGCGAGGGGGAAUUGGGAUAGGAACGAGCAACGCAUCAGGAGGCAUAGGAACGAGCAACGAAUCAGGAGGCAUAGGAACGAGCAACGAAUCAGGAGGCAUAGGAACGAGCAACGAAUCAGGAGGAAUAGGAACGAGCAACGAAUCAGGAGGCAUAGGAACGAGCAACGAAUCAGGAGGAAUAGGAACGAGCAACGAAUCAGGAGGAAUAGGAACGAGCAACGAAUCAGGAGGAAUAGGAACGAGCAACGAAUCAGGAGGAAUAGGAACGAGCAACGAAUCAGGAGGAAUAGGAACGAGCAACGAAUCAGGAGGAAUAGGAACGAGCAACGAAUCAGGAGGAAUAGGAACGAGCAACGAAUCAGGAGGAAUAGGAACGAGCAACGAAUCAGGAGGCAUAGGAACGAGCAACGAAUCAGGAGGAAUAGGAACGAGCAACGAAUCAGGAGGAAUAGGAACGAGCAACGAAUCAGGAGGAAUAGGAACGAGCAACGAAUCAGGAGGAAUAGGAACGAGCAACGAAUCAGGAGGAAUAGGAACGAGCAACGAAUCAGGAGGAAUAGGAACGAGCAACGAAUCAGGAGGAAUAGGAACGAGCAACGAAUCAGGAGGAAUAGGAACGAGCAACGAAUCAGGAGGAAUAGGAACAAGCAACAAACCAGGAUGGAGGUCAGAGGUCGGAAAAUCCUGGGAAAGUUUUACCACAGAAAACGAGGUGAGGUCAUCGGAAGGCCACUAG